UGCAACAACGUGUUCCUGGAUGGGAUGGACUCAUUGGAUAGACAACAAGCUUCAACACAUUUUCCCUAAAACUUUACGCGCCGUGGCAACUAGUGGCAACGGGUCCUGUUACUGUAUAUAGUCUACUGAUUUCCACUCAAAUGGGCUUUUAUGUUCCUAUUCAAUGAAAGCGUUGGGCAUUUUCGACUUGUAUGGGCGUACCUGCAUGUUAUUGUGUAGGUGCGAUAGAAAGUAACAAUUCCACAUGUGAUGCGCCUAUUUUGAAACAUGUGACAGUGGGACAUUGGAUUUAAGCGGAGCACUGGAAAGAACUUCAACAAAAACGUGUCUAUUUUUGCCGAAGAGAAGGGACAGCUCCACAGCAUACGUUCAUGUGAGACUUACAAGAACAUCAUUGCAGGCAGACGUUCUCCUUAAAAGUGCUGUGACAUAAUAACCUUUAUGUUAUGCUGGAUGUAAAAAAAAACAUUCAGAAAUUGUUAUAUUUGCAUUGAAAUGGAGAUCAUCUUUAUACAUUGGUAACAACUGUAUACGUGUGUAACAUCAUCAUCAAAAAAACAUAAUUGUGCAAGAUGAGAGCUUUCAUUUCUUUGAACCGGGCAACGUUUGGACUUUUCUGGAGCUGCUUGAGUUUUCUAUACUGCGCUCAUUGUGGUUUAGGCGACAACCAUGUGCAUUCUAGUUUUAUUUACAGGAGAUUGCGUAACCAUGAACGGAGAGAGAUUCAGAGAGAGAUUCUCUCUAUUUUGGGUUUACCACAUCGUCCAAGGCCCUUUUCUCCAGGAAAACAAGCAUCUUCAGCACCCCUGUUCAUGCUUGACCUGUACAAUGCCAUGACUACUGAGGAGGAAGAAGGGUUGAGAACACAAGAGGUUACAGGGAAAGGAUUCAGCGCGAAGGCUCAUGGAAACUCGCGUAAAGGGUACCACGGCUCUCCGCAGGGACACUCUCGUGUUUCGCAACCUUACCGCGCGGCUCCUCUGACGAGCCAAAGCCCUCCACUCACUACAUCUCACGACACCAACUUUCUAAACGAUGCUGAUAUGGUUAUGAGCUUUGUCAACUUAGUGGAGAAAGACAAAGAUUUCUCCCAUCAGCGAAGACACUACAAGGAGUUCCGUUUUGACUUGACUCAGAUCCCAGAGGGGGAGGCGGUGACUGCUGCUGAGUUUCGGAUCUACAAAGAUGGCAGUCCUCCUCGCUAUGAGAACAUUACCCUGAAGGUCACCAUCCACCAGGUCAUCAAGGAAUAUCAAAACAAGGAUGCAGAGACGUUCUUGUUGGAUUCCAAAAAGAUCAAGGCCUCUGAUGGGGGUUGGCUGGUCUUUGAUAUCACAGCUACCAGUAACCACUGGGUGCUGAAUCCACUGCAGAACAUGGGUCUGCAGCUCUCUGUUGAAACUAUGGAUGGACGGAGUAUCAACAUAAAGUCUGCUGGCAUCGUUGGUAGGAAUGGACCACAAUCCAAACAGCCGUUCCUAGUCUCAUUCUUCAAGGCCAGUGAGGUAUUGCUGCGCUCUGUCAGGGCCGCUGGUGGAAAGAAAAAGAAUCACAAUCGUAACAAAUCAGGUGGUCAACAGGAAUCAUCACAGGCACCGAAAAGUGGAGAUCAUAACACCAGUGAACAGAAACAAGCCUGCAAGAAGCAUGAACUUUACGUCAGCUUCCGAGACUUAGGAUGGCAGGACUGGAUUAUUGCACCUGAAGGCUAUGCUGCUUUUUACUGCGAUGGGGAAUGUUCUUUUCCACUCAAUGCACAUAUGAAUGCGACAAAUCACGCCAUUGUGCAAACUCUGGUCCAUCUGAUGUUCCCUGACAAUGUGCCAAAGCCAUGCUGUGCACCGACCAAGCUGAACGCUAUAUCUGUGCUUUACUUUGAUGACAGCUCAAAUGUCAUCCUCAAGAAAUACAGAAACAUGGUCGUCAGGUCAUGUGGUUGCCAUUAACAGGCAAGCAGCAUUAUAUUUCACAUAUGUGGUAUUGCUGGAAAAAGUACAAUAUCGAUUUAGAUAGGUUGGAGGUGUGAUGUACAGUAUUAUGUAUAUAUUAGUUGUAUUAACUUAUUUAUUUCCCCUAUUUUUGUGGAAACACUCAACAUUGUACAAUGAAUAUGACUUAGAAUAUGAAAUUAGAGUGCAUGUAUAUUAGACAUGACUUGGCACUCUCUCCUAUAGGCCAUAUCAAACAUAUACAGGUAUGUUGUUAUAGUUGUAGGAUUUUGUUGUACAUCUUAGCAAAAGGAAACUUCUCGAUCCAAUAUGGAUCUAUUGGACGUAUUGUUAUUGAAUACGGUUCAACUAAGUAUACACAUUUUACCAACAUGGUUCUUCGGCUGUCCCCAUAGGAGAACCAUUUGAAGAAACCCUUUUCUUCCCAGGUAGAACCUUUUGGGGUUCCAUAUAGAAGCCUUUCCACAUACGGUUCUACAUUGAACCCAAAAUGGUGCUUCUAUGGGGACGGCGGAAGAACCGUUUUGGAACCCGUUUUCUAAGAGUGUAAAGCACUGUUUUUCAAACUGUUACAUUAGGUUUCAUUUUCAAACCAUUGUUUUAAACCAUUCUAACCACUCAGAAAAGAUUUACAAGAUGCUGCUACAGUAAAAUGAGGUCAAAUCUUAUGACAUCGCAGUUGAAAAUACAGUAUCUUACCUAGAAAUAGUGUCAAUUAUUGCAUCGACAUUGUAUUAUGAAGCACAUUAUAACCUAUACUAGCCUAUGCAACUUGCAAAAAAAUGUAUUUGAUUUAUCCAUCAGACGUGUUAAAGCAGAAUCCGUAUUGAUGUUAUUGACUGAGUAAGAGCCUGGCACAACAUAAAUCACAUUAAAGGUAUGCCGUAAAAGAGCAAAGGAAGUAUUUCAAAUAGGUCCCCUUGAAUAACACUCUGAGUUUUUCCUCCAGGCUUGAAGUUAAUCAUAUUUACACUGUGCACAGGCUUCAGUCUAUCAUGAAAAUGGGUUUGGAAAAACGUGUGGUUGUUUAUACGGUAUCCUUAGACUUCUGGCUAUAAAAUAUAUGUAUAUAUCAUGUUUUAUAUCAAAUAAGUUCUGCUGAAAGGUACUUCCUCUAUGCCAAAGUAUCCCAUAGCUACAUUCUGUUGAAUACAUAUUUCUAGAGCAUUCACUGAAAAAACAUGAGGACUGGCCUGCUAUAUUCUCAGACCCUUGAAAUGUCAUAGUUCAAUAACCAUAGGAAUAUAUGAAAAUUAGGCAAAAGUUGUGCAGUAGCGCUCUUAAAAGUACUUUAUGGCCAGUAUAUAUUUUCAUAUUUUACAUAUUCAAUACGUAAUGGAUGAAACAUCCCUAACAUGCUGACUAGACCGGCCACGUUGUGUGCGCGAGUGUUGCAAAAUAAAUGUACACAUCAUGUACACGUUCAAUCAUCAUUUCAUUUCAUCCAAACUGCUUGCAUGUUUCAACGAUCGUCUGCGUAGCCAGAACUUGGUUCCAUGUCCUGCCUCUCCCAUCUACUCUUUUGUUUUCAUGACCAUACUAACCCACAUGGGUGAUUGAAUAAUUAACAAGGAGAGAUUAAUCAAAGAAAACGGACAAACUGACAACAAAAUUAAUUGUCGGAGUAGAGGACACACAAUUUUGUAUGUGUGUCCUCUACAAAGAUCCAGCAAAAAAAUAGGACCAUUAGCAUUUCAGAUAAAAUAGCAAGCCAAUGUUUAUCUCCCAGGACAAAUUAGCUAGCAACAGCAAGCUAGCUAAAUGUCCAUGAAUGUUUCAUUUGUGUUUCAACUUGUCCCCAAAUUAAUAUAGUUGGUUCACAGUUGGUUUUGGCAUUUUAACCUGCGUGUCAUGAACGCAUAUGGUGGAGAUAAACUAAAUCAAAAUGCACACGAUGGCGCACGCGGAUGCAUGCUUGGGACAGGUUUGAUCAAGGUGUGAGAAAAUACAUUGUUUGCCCAAUUGUGGUUAUAUCACUGUUAUUUUUGUAUUAUUAUUGAUGUUAUAUUAUUAUUGUCAUGUUGUUAUGCUUCAUAAUUUGAGUAAUAUAUGUUUGGGAAAAAUACAGGUUACUGUAUUGUUAGUGUUGUUUACAUAUUAUUAAAUGAUCUUUUUGAAAAUAUUGUUUCCAAAUACUUUCAAUUUAUUAUUAACUCAACCAAUACAUAUUAAAAAAUAAACAGACAAUUUACAUCCCUUAAAAGAUGUUCAGUUUAAACAUGAAAAUAACAAUUUCCCCACCCCCAAAGGCUUAAAACACCAAUCCCACCUUAAAGAAACUCCAUUGACAAACACUCUCUUUUGUCCUCCAGCUGCAGGCCUUCAGGUUUUUCAAAUCCAAGUUGUCUUCGUGUAUUAGUGUUUGGAAUUCUAUGGAUGUUUUAUGCACUGUUGCCGGACUACCGUCUGAGAUUUAUAAAUGUUUGACAAGUAUGAUAUAAACAUAGGGGUCCACCCAGGGAGCCUGUACAUCUGCUGCGUAGUGACAGACUGCUAAUGUUUAGUUGUUUUGUGAGAUUCAGCAGAGCUCUCUCCUGACUCCUGACAGGGAGGAUUACGCCAUCAUAUUGUUGCUGUGUGCAGUGAUCUAUGGUCACUAGGCACCAAAGAGGCAUCCCUCCUAUUUUGGAGAAUAUAAAAUAAAUGUACGGGUUAGACCAUACAUUGACCAAAUGUUCUACUGCUACAUUAUUGUUUAAUGCAAAGUAUAUGAGUAGCAUCAGGGUUUGAAUUACGGUGGUGUGAUCACAAUGGUUGUUAUGCUUUUUUCGUCUCUGCUAGCGCUUAAUCAUGAUUCCCGCCAAGCAGCUGUUGGUAAAGCACGGGGUUUCCAUAGAGAAGUGACCUUUUAAAUCAACUAGCUAGGAAAUCCACGCUAUUAGAACGACAACUGCCAAGAGGGAGAAUAUCUAAAUGGAUUCAGUUUUCUCUGUGACACACAAACACUUUGUAGACACAAUUCAGUUCAAGACAGUUCUACUUACUUUUUUGACCACUGACAUUGCGUCCUAUCCUUCGAGAAAAGAGAAGCAAUGCUAUUUGCCAUAGUUGCUAUUCCAGCUCCCACUUGGCUCAAAUGGGAUGAAGAACAGAUAGUUAACCAUUGAGGAAUUUGUCCCUAAUUAACCACUAACACACCAAGAGUAGGAUUCAGUCAAACUUCUUGUUUAUGCAAUAUACAUAAACAGUAGCGGUGCGGUGCAUGGGUAAAAUCACUGAGGAAGCCAGGCCAGAAAAAAACUUUUUGUUGUGAUAUUUGCAUUGUUUGCUCUAUAACCAGUUAUGCCUUGCCACUGUGACAUAUAGGCCUAAGGCCCAGACAUUAAGAAGACAGUGGCAGAAUAAAGUCAACUACACCUUUGUUUCAUCACAAAACCGGGGAGCAACAUUUGUCCUGUGAAGUCCACAAAGCAUACGAACAGUUACAUCACCUACAGCAUAUUCAAGCAAGUUAAUGUUUACAACAUUUUCCAACUACUAAAUAACUGAUGAUUUAGAACCACGGAGAGUUACCACAAUAUAUAUUUUCCAAGACUACCGAGCUCAAAUGCUUGCUCACUAGCCUGACUUCCUUUCAUGGGCAAUGAUGAGCCAGUUAGUUAAUGUUAGCCUACUACAUAUAGCAGCAUAUUGAACUACCAUCCUCAGGCCAUGGGCACAAUAUGAAUUAAUGGUUGGAUCAGAAUCGAUGUUAUAAUCAUUGGCCAGUAUGGAUAAUUAAGUCCAAAUCCGUGUCUCCAUCCAUGGCUAAUUUCACAGUUGAGCUCACUCAGUUUAGCUCAAUGUUGAUUGGCUUUUAUUACUUUUAUGUUUUUAUCAACAGAGACCAAAUGCUCUCUGGCUUCCUUUUGCAUUCAAUUCUGCGGGCGGCAACAAUGUCAUACUCUUUUUGACCAGACAGCAUGGGCUACAUAUACAGAGACAGAGAGAGGGGCACUGUUUCGCUUGCUCAGAUGCUUUCUCCAGUGAGAUACAUUCAGUCUCUUGCGAAUUGAAUCAAAAUUAUGAAACACAGAGAGACGAAAUAUACAUUAUUUUAUAUCGUUUUUUCCCCGUUCAUUUUUGGGGGAAGCCUGUGUUCCCUUGGCAUCCAUGAAUAAACGCCACUGUACAUAAAGUUUAAAAAAAAUGUUUAUAGAGUAGCCUAGCAACAGGGAGCCUAGCAGUUAGAGAGGCGAACAAGCAACCGGAGGGUUGCAAGAUUGAAUCCCGGGUCUGAUGGGAAAAAUCUGUCGUGAAGUAAGCUGGCAACCGGAGGGUUGCUGGUAUCAAAUCAUAGAUGCCAUUGCAUGCCGUUGUGCCCUUGAGCAAGGCACUUAAACACCAACAACAACUGCUCCACGACAACAACAACAGCCCCCCGCACCAACCUUUCCAACCUGAGUGUGUAUGUGUGUCUUUCUUCCAUUGGAUCUUCUGUGUACAAAUAAAUAAAUAAAUAAUAUUGUGUACAAUAUUGUGUACAAAUAAAGUGAUGUUGUGUAUGAAUAAGGUGAUCUUGUGUAUGAAUAAGGUGAUCUUGUGUAUGAAUAAGGUGAUAUUGUGUAUGAAUAAAGUGAUGUUGUGUAUGAAUAAGGUGAUCAUGUGUAUGAAAAAAGUGAUGUUGUGUAUGAAUAAGGUGAUCAUGUGUAUGAAAAAAGUGAUGUUGUGUAUGAAUAAGGUGAUCUUGUGUAUGAAAAAAGUGAUCUUGUGUAUGAAUAAGGUGAUCUUGUGUAUGAAUAAAGUGAUAUUAACCUA